GAUUGGUCUGUGAAUAGGAAGCACAGCAGGCCUGAAUGUGUCCCAGAUACAUCUGGAGUUGCCCAAAUCCAAGAGCGCUCACUGCAAGCCUGCCUGGACCUCUGGCAACAAUGUCCUUCAUUCACGUGGAAAAGAAUUCCGAUUUCCCUAUUCAAAACCUUCCAUACGGGGUAUUUUCCACCCAGGAUGAGCCAAGACAUAGGAUAGGAGUGGCCAUUGGGGACCAAAUCUUAGAUCUGAGUGUCAUCCGACAUUUGUUCACUGGUCCUUUCAUGUCUGGGAAUCAAGAUGUUUUUAAUGCGCCAACCCUUAAUAGCUUUAUGGCUCUUGGGCACAAUGCCUGGACAGAGGUUCGUCAUUUUCUCCAGAAGCUGUUGGCAGCGUCCGAGCCCUUACUAAGGGACAACAAGGAGCUUAGAGACAGGGCAUUUGUACCACAAUCCAAAGCAAGUCUUCAUCUUCCGGCAAAUAUUGGGGAUUAUACUGACUUCUACUCAUCAAGGGAUCACGCUACCAACGUGGGAAUUAUGUUUAGAGGGAAAGAGAAUGCUUUGAUGCCCAACUGGCUGCAUCUCCCGGUUGGGUAUCAUGGCCGUGCGUCAUCUGUCGUCGUUUCAGGGACUCCAAUCCGAAGACCUAAGGGACAAGUUAGACCAAAUGAUGAUAAGCCACCUGUAUUUGAGGCCAGCAAGCUUCUGGACAUUGAACUGGAAAUGGCUUUCUUUGUGGGCCCAGGAAACAGUUUAGGAAACCCCAUCCCUAUUGAAAAAGCUCAUGAACACAUCUUCGGGAUGGUCUUGAUGAACGAUUGGAGUGCUAGAGAUAUUCAGAAAUGGGAAUAUGUCCCGCUUGGCCCUUUCCUGAGUAAAAAUUUUGGAACCACCAUCUCACCCUGGGUUGUUCCGAUGGAGGCGCUCAUGCCAUUUGUUCUACCAAAUCCAGUUCAGGACCCAGUACCGCUGCCUUACCUUCGCGAUGAAAGUAACUACGCGUUUGAUAUCAAGCUGUUUGUCAGCAUCCAAGGAGAGGGAAUGAAGGACCCCGUGACGAUAUGCAGAUCCAACUAUAAGUACAUGUACUGGACCAUGAAACAGCAGCUUGCUCAUCACACGGUUACUGGGUGCAAUGUCCGGCCUGGAGACCUCUUGGCAUCUGGAACUAUAAGUGGGCCAGACCAAGGAAGCUUUGGCUCGAUGCUGGAGCUGUCUUGGAGAGGAUCUAAGCCUAUUGACGUUGGCAACGGUCAGACAAGAACAUUCCUGAAGGAUGGAGACACUGUGCUUAUAACAGGUUACUGCCAAGGAGAAGGAUACCGCGUAGGAUUUGGACAAUGCUCUGGAACAGUAUUGCCUGCACAGUAGAUGGCACAGAAUCUGAGGAUUCUUUAUUACGGAACCAGUAAACA